CGGCAACGAUUCUAUAGUCGUCUACCGGUCUUCCGAAGUGAAUGUUUUACGAACGCGUGCGUGUUUACGAGUUGUGGUUUGCGGUUGACAUUAGGAACUUAUUAGUGUAAACAAAAAGUGCUAACAGUGUCACCAGAGAGUGCAAUAAGGGAUUGCCAUUAUGGGCCGAUCGGCGGAUGGUGCGCAAACUGACCGGAUAGGAACUCGAUAAAAUAGACGAGUUGCGCAUACACUUCGGACCGACCGACCCGGCUGGCAAAGUGUGAGUGUGUCAGCUAGAAGAUUGUUUUGUUUUAUUUGCGUCCGUCCGGCGGGGUACAAUUUAUAUUGCACACAUAUGCUUCUGUAAUUCAGCAACCAGCAAAGCGGCGUCCUCUCGCUCGCUCACUCCCGUAUUCUGUCGCACGCGCGCCGUUCUCAGUUGCGAUUUCCAAUUAGUACUCGCGUAUCAAUUGCGAAUGGAGGUACCCCUUUUGCGCGCACACGGUGCGGAAAGUGGGCGGCAGCCAGAGACGAUUUAUACAUUGAUUAAAGCGGAAAUCUUCGUUUUAAGACGGCAGCCAUGAAGUGCACCUCGUGCGUUAGCAGUCGGCCGAAAAGUGACGACGAAGAAGCUAGUCCCACCGCAGCCAUGGAUAAGACUACCGAGGAGUACCGUGUAGAUUCGCCGCCACCCGCAAUUCCGGAACGGCCAUCAACUUCACGCAUUCAACCGAUGGUGACAAUCGUCGAAGUUCCACCGGACUCCGAAGGUGAAAGCAACCCACCACCCAACUCUAGUCCCAGCAGCAGUCCUCCGCAGCUGCUACGUCCACUGGAUAUAAUCACCGAAGAAACCAGUGACGUGAGCGAUUCGGAAAACCGACCUCCCCCACCAAAACCAGAUCUAUGCUUUCCACGACCCAAAGUGCGAUUCAACAAAGCCAAAUCAAGAAACUUUCUCAAAAGCCUUCUCCAAGGCAAACAGGAACCGACGACGUGCUUCCUGGUGGACACCAAAAUAGCGGAAGCAUGCACGGAAGAGUACCGCAGCGUCUGCACCACCGAAGUUGUCCCGGAGGAAAUUCUCGAGGUGGAAAUCAUCGAUCUCGGAUCGAACUCAAGCAGCCUAGCCGAUCUAACGGACCUGGGUGACCUUGAUCAAACUGCCGAUGAACCGGACCAAGAUGAUACCGCAAAGCGUGACAACUACGCCGAUAGUCGUGACGACGACGAUAAGAUAAACAACAACAUCGAGCCACGGCGCAGUGACGUACAUCAGAACGAUAAAAACAACCUCAGCAGCACAUCAGCGCCGCCGCCGCCGCCACAGGAUGAUAAUGGCAAUGAUACUGCAUCGAUCGUUUCACGAGCGGAGGAAAGUGCUGCGGCGCUGGCGCCAUCGAUUUUCCACUCUCAAAAAGAGCACUCAAACGCAGAAGCAGAAGCAGAAGAAGUGCUCAGCGAAGAGGAUAACAACGGCUACGGAGAUGGCGGCCGCGAGAGCGAAACAAACAAAAACUUCCCGCAGCCGCCAGCGGAGGCGAACGCAUUUACCACGCAAAAUACUGAUGAUGAUUGUGAUGAUGAUGAUGAUGAUGACGACGACGGCAGUGAAGAUGAUGAUGAUGAUGAGCUGGUCGGUGAGAGUCCCGAGAACGAUCGCACGGAGUCGGAUCGUGACGAUGCCGACGAUGGCCGGAACAGUCUACUCGCGGGUGUUGAUCGUGUUGGCUUCGUGACGCAGCAACCGCCGGAGCAGCAGAAUGUCACCGAGGUGAAAGGUUGUUCCGACGUUGACGACACGAGUACGAGUUCAAUCGAGUGUUGUGUGACUCAUCCUGAAGGUAACCGACCGGCAAACGGGGAUUCCGGGGUGCAAUCCGAGGGCGAAAUGGUGGAACACGAGAUCCUAGAAGAAUCGCGACCUUCGGCACCGAUUCCGCUGCCACCGCCACCUGCUGCUAUGCAACCGGCGAUGGUCCCAUCGCCAGCCGCAGUGACUAAUCUAGGUCGGGUGGUGCACGAAGGCCUACCGCGUGAAAAUGCUCAAAUUCAUAGUGGCAGUGAUACUGGUGAAGCUGAUCCUGCAGAUGCUGAUCAGAAUAGUGCGGAAGAUAGUGUCGAUGCAGUAGUCGCGAAUGAUUCGUGCGUUCUAUUGAAAAUUUUGAAAGAUCAGCAGCCGCUCGCGGAGGCCAGUGUGGAAAAUCGUCCCACUUUCAGCGAGCGCAACCUACCAGCGUCCGAAAUUCUCAGUCACAGUGCGGUGGGGACAAAAAUAGAACGUGCGGUAAAAAGUGAACAGUUGAAUUAUGAAAUCGUUCAAGAUCAUCGCGUGCUGAGAGAGGAGACUGUUUGCAGCAACAGCAACAGCAGCGGAAGUGAGGUGGUUUUACGACGUAGGGAAAAGCGUACGAACGAAUCCACGGCUGCUGGCAAAGAACCAUCACCGGAACAGAAAGCGGCACUGGUGCAUGACCUGCGUAACGAAAUUAGCCGCAUUAAGGACGCCGAGCUGCAGGAAGAAUUUCGCAAACUCGAACUCGAGGCGGCCCGAAUCGAGCAGGAACUGAACAGCAUGACCGUGAUUCCGCCGGCGUCCGGCUCGGACAACCUCACCUACUACGUCUCAAAGCAAAACGACUUUGCCGUGGAGCGACCUGCUCAACCCCGGCAAAAACCACCUGCCAGCAACACCAAACCUAACAACGAUCAACUAUACAACGAAUGGCAGCAGCGGAUGGAGGAACGAGAAACCCGGCGCCUGCAUAAAAUAAUCAAAAUAUCUAAAUCUAGCGAGGAAACCAACGGCAAGGAGCCUAUCGCUCUGCCUCCUCCCCCUCCACCACCUGGGGGUGACGCUGCACCCUAUGAUCCCGAUCUAGGGGACGAGUUCAUUCGCAAGGUGAAGGAACGGCGCCGAAAAUUCACAAUCCCCGGUGGAGACAGCGACUGCGAUUAUAGUGCUCCGAACAGUACACCGGGCACUCCGAUCGCCGGUCGGAAACCAAUUCCGAAACAUAUCGAGGCGGAGUUUGCCGAAUUUGCGGAAAUUCGCCGUCGGCAGCAGGAGGAGGAGCUAAAGGAUAAUCAACAGCAGCAAGUGCAACCGAACCAACCAAAGGCUGGCGUCUGGUCACCGCACAACCGCUCCACCGAAAUUCUCACCAAGGCAGAGCUAGCCGAGCGCAGUAAAGAUAACAGCAAUCGCUCGGAACCGCUGCAACCCGUUUGGACCCCUCGCAGUGCUCCACCAUCUCCAGUCGGCGAACGUCGUGAGUUUCGUCCGAUUGGAUACGAAUCUCCCACUCCCCAGCGCCGAAACGUUUCGGCCAACACUCCGACAUCCCGAGCCGAAACACCUCAGGUUUCCCCGCCCUGGACCAACACCCCGGGCUACGAUAAACCGGUAGAAUUCACCAGUAAUCCUCCUGUUGCCACAAGACCAGACGAUUCUUCGCGGAGGCAACUUCAGAACUCAAACUCACUGCCCACUAUCGGAACGCGGGAUAACAUAUUCAGCGCUCCGACCCAUCACCACUCAGUUCGGUUCGCACCACCACCCACCAGUCCCACCAUCAACACGCUGCUCAAGUCCAAAGUGGACGGCAAAGUUAGCCAGCAGCUGGUGAAUACGUACGAGUCCGGCAGCCAGUCCAAUGUCUACCAGACGUCAGCGAGUAGAACCAGCACGACGACGACCACAAGCCGCCAGCAGCCGACAUACCAGCGAACCGGGAGCGGAACCCGUCUGGGACGGGUCACGGAAAUAAAUCACCCCGUUCGGGUCGACUAUCUAAGCGAGCCAGAAAUGGAAUUCUCUUCGAUCCGAUCGCGAACCUCAGCCUCGCCAGCCAGCGCGGCACAGCUGUCGCCGAAAAAAAUCGACGGCAUCGGACCGAUGACCCAGGAGGGCAUGCCACUAACACUCAGAUCUGAAGUGGACGAAAACAAUCAAGCCAAAUGGUACAAAAAGAUGUAUCAAACUCUGCACAAAGCGCAGAAUGACGAUGACUUCGUGACCGUACGAUACAAAACACGUCGAGGCAACUUCCCGUAUAAAUCCACCGGCUAUCAAUCGGAACCGGAACCGAACUACGACUCGGAUUACACGAUCAAGUACAGCACCCUUGACCGAAGACGAACACCGACGGUGCUGAACCCCAACAGCUACUCGAGAUUCAACACGCUUCAGGGCGCAGCCAUUCGGUCCGGCAGCAGCCAGUACAAAAACCAACCCGGCCGGAUAGAGAACUACGUGCCCGGCCAUUCGUCCAUCUCGGAGAAAGAAUCCAAAGAGUGGUGGGAUGAAGUAAUGGAGAUUUUCAACGGGUGGCUAGAUGAGCACUCCUCUGUGCCUCUUUUCUGCAUUGUCUUUGCUCGUGAAGUGCAAAAGUUCCAACUGGAGCAGCAAAAGCUUAGCACCAGCAAGACGUACACGGAGGGAAAUUUGUCCAGAGCCCUCAAGGACCAAGGCUACGACAGCGACACGACGCUAAUCUUCCGCAAGAAAGAACCACCCAGCAGUUCCGCCCUCAGUCCGAUCGAGCAGAAGCAAUACUACAAAAACAUGCAGGCAGGCGGGGAAAUCCCGGUCCAAGGAUUUCGCAAACCUGCACCCGAGAAGCCCAAAGAUGGCGACAACGAUUUGCGGUUGCAAAUUCAGAAAGUGGUGCAAGAAGUACUUCCAACACUGGUGACGAACCCCUUUCUAGCUCCACCGCGGGAGAUCACUUGCUAUCCGAUCACCAGCAUUUCGCGUCCACUCGAUAUGUUCGGUUCUUUUCCGAAGGAGAGCAAAUCAUUCGUACCAGUGGCACCACCGGCUCCGCCGAAUCGAAAAUCCUCUCGUAGCAACUCUACGCUAAGGAUUAUGUCUCAGAUUAAAACUAAGAAUUACGACAAGAAAACUGUCGUUGAAGCGAGCAGCUGCGGUAAUUCCGGAACAAGAACGCUGAGAAAAGUCGAUCAGUACAGGUCGAAGUCUGCGGGACCGGUGUUUGCCACUUCGUACGUUGCGUCGUCCAUCAAGGAGGAAAAGAACUUGGAAAACAGCACCCGAGUGGCAAAACGGUACACCUACAGAGCAAGUUCGAGUAGCCCCGUUCGCAAGUCCAGUCCCAGUCCGGUAGCAUUCGGCAGAGGCAUUUCCAAGGAGCGAACAUUUGCCGAAGAAAAAAGGCGGCUCGAAGAAAAAAUGCCGAAAGUAUGUCGCAAAGACGUCGCCGUUUCCACCAGUAUCCUUCGUAAUCCGGAUCUCAAAUCACCGAACGAAGUCAAAAAAGCACUUCGCAGCUCCUACCUUCCGCUUGUGAUUGAUAGACCGGAAAAGUUCGCUACAGCUUCCAGAGCUCUGCGCAGAAUUUCGUCAAACUACAAAAGCGCUUCCAGCAUUUACUCGUCCAAGCAAAGCCUCACCAGAGCUAGCACCAUGUCAAGCCCCACCAAGAAAGAAGAUAAAGCCCUCAAAGUAACCGUUGCAAUUUCCUCCCGCGGUAAAGAACUGCUUCGCACGUCCACCACCCAAAAAACACCUAAAAGCAAAGGAAAAAUCUCCCCAACCAUCACCAUCCAAUCGAACAUCAAAAAAGUAACCAAAAGUCUCGGCCUAAAGUCAAAAACCCCAUCCACGCAAAGUCUCGCUCGCACCAGUUCUACCUACUCGAUCGACUCGACCAAUUCGAAGCGCAAAUCACGUGCUUCCUUCAUUCCAGCAACCAUCAGCUCCUCGAAAAAGUUGUCCACCCCAAUCACUAUCACGACCCGAGUCGCAAGGAAACCCAAAAAGAUCAUCUCACCAACGCUUGUCGAAAGCUACAACGAGCAAAUCGUCCAGCAGAAUGACGUCGUGCGUAGCAGUGCUUUUUUCCAGAAUCUAUUCUUGAGGAAAUCAUCACCGGCUCCCGGACCGGUGAGCUCCUUAGGAACCGAUCCCCCACAAGCGUCGAGCGUGCGCGAAAAAGCUCGCUUAUGGAACAGCUUAUCCGCGAAAUCCGAGCCCUCGUUGAAGCAACCGAAUUACUAUCUCACCCAGGCGAAACCCGUAUCGUUAUCGAAGUUCAAAACGAUGGACUGCGGGUACGACGGGCCGUACCGUAGCGAAACCGCCGGAGAGGUUAUCGAACAAGUUCAACACUACGAGUCACUGCUGCAGCUGACGGACGAGGAAGAAGAGUUCGGUUGCCUGCGGGGUCGUAGCAUGAAAAUAGACUACAGCUACCAUGAGCGUAGCAAAAGUGAACCCCCAGUGCAGACUUUGAUCGCUGAAUUGGUCAGUUCGGAUGGUCCACGCACGAUCCUCGGUCGGACGCCGGUUGCCGAGUAUUCGCGAACAACCAAGCGUUCGUCACGUUCGCCUUCCUGUAGAAGAAUUCAGCAUUUUCGUGGUGAAGGAAACGUCCAGAAGAUCGUUCGUGCGCGUAGUCUGAGCACGACCGAUCGCAGCGCAGGUCAUUCGGAUCAGCUGGUAAGAAGCCGUUCGCUGAACCUCACUAACUACGAGCGGCAUCUUCCAAUCUGCCGCCAUAGGCGCUCGGAUCGGUUUCAGGAUUUGAACGAUUUCUACUCUAGCUUGGAACGGCUAGGUCAGUUGGAGAAGGUAACUUCUUCGACGGAUUUGCGUCCGCGUAGACGCGACGAGGAAAUCAUUGACUUCGAUCUAUGGCGAAAGGUGCGCGACCAUGAGAAAGCAGAGCGAGAGAUGAACCAGCUGUUGAGUAAGUUGAAGCAAGAUCAGAAGGAGAAAGACCUGCUAUUUCUGCCGCACGAUCCGGACGAGGUGCGGUGGAAAAGUGAUUUGGAUGCGGGUUUGAGGAAUAAAGAAAAAUCGGUUGAAGAUUUGAAGGGUCAACUGAGUAAGAAGGUGCUACAUUUUGAAGAGUUUACCAAGCGGGAGUUGGAAACUAGGAAGGACCAUUACAAGCCUCUGUGGAGAGGAUCGUCCGUUGUGGAUGUCGCAACGCACAUGGCUGAGAAGUAUUCGGGGGAUGUGGGAGGAAGGGAUGACUUUCACUCACUAGAGGCGGGAAGACCGUACGGAAUCAGUACCAAUUUGUUGAGUACUUUGUCCCGCGAUCAGAUGAAGAAAUUGAAGAACCAACUCAGUGAGAUCUACUGCAACAAGGAUGAGGUAAGGGUAGGUGCUACAGAGAAGUAUGUUGUUGAUGUGCCACAAGGGCACACCAAAUCUGCGGGUUUGAAUACUCUCACAGUUCGCAGCCAUUCGGUGCUGACAAAGACACAGGUUAACGAAGCCCAGUUUAAACCACGAAUCGAGCUGGAAAAAAAAGUUGCCACGAUUCAGAAGUCGUUCGAACAGAAAAGUAAACAGGAAGCUUUGUGUCAAGAGUUGAAAAGUAGAAUUCAAGGAAAGCAUUCCAGUCAUACACUGCCAACAAUGCGAAAGAAGGAGCGACCGUCGAUUUUGCCACACAAAGAAGAAUACUUUUCACUCGAAACGGAUUACAGAAAGCUGCAGGGUGGACAAAAGGUGGAAGAAACUAGAGAGGAAGUUGUUAUGCGAAAAUCAAGACCGAUCGAGAAGGAAAGACCACAUUCUUACUGCGAGACGGAAAGCGUUUCAUCGGAAACCUCCAACCGAACCGUGAUCUUUCGUAACCCGAACGAAGAUGUGAAAAGUAUAAUUCAAUAUUUCGAGGAAAAACAGAAGGAUGAAGUGCCACCGGUGACUGUAUAUCAUGCGAGAGAAUCAUCCACUGAUGAAGAUGAUGCUACUAAGACACUUCAAGAGAAAAACGCGGAGGUGAAGGUAACGCAGAAACUUUCUCCAAUACCGAGUUCACAGUCGUACACGGAUUUGAAGGACUUGUUUGGGGAGAAACCAGCGAGAACCUAUUCGUACGUCUACCAAGAGGAGAAAAAAUCUCCAAAAAACUUCACGUUACGUUCGCGGAGCUCAACCCCGGAGUACGCGACCUGUAUUCAGACCGGGGAAGUGAAGAAGAUUAAGGACAAGUUCGAGAGUUUAGAUGUAAAUAUCUGGAAACAAUCGGCUGCCGAUGAAAGUCCGCGGCAGUAUCAAAGUGACUCGGAGUUGAACAGGCCCUUCGGGGAACGACAGAUCACAAAAUCGCAAGGUCGUAAGAUCAAGGUGAAGCAUCAUGAAACGGGAGACGUGUCAAGAAUUACUCACAAAUAUGAGGUACAGUCGAGGGCUCGUAGCAGGAAGAGAAAAGAACGGGCAAACUCGCCGAUUGCGAAAAAUCCCUUUCGAAAGGAUGACCGUUUUAUGCCGCAUAUCAACGUUAUCAGCAAAACAGCAUCUCUGAAGCGAGAGCUCAAAAGUGCGCCACAGCAGGAGCGCACCACCAGCGGCUGCACCAGUGGCGAAGAGUUCGAGAAGAUCAAGAGUAAGUUCGAAACGGCUGAGAACCUGUCGAUUUUGGCCCACCAGUUUCCCAAGCCCACGGACAAUGCACGCUCGAUUACUGCACCAGACCAGUCACCCCCGGGGCAGAAACCUGGCCGUCGGGGCAACAAACUCCGAUCCAGUUCUACCUCACCACCGCGGCACAAGGACAAGCAGGACAGCACUGCCUUUCUGAAACAGUUCUACGACAUCUUCGCUGACCAGAAGUUUGAUCCCAGCAUCCACCGGCCCAAGUAUCGCUACGUGCCCGAUCGGCACCUGGAUGCGGAGUACCUUUGGGAGAAGAUUCAGGCUAUGACCAGCGGAGGUUCCACCACCAAAGCAACUGUCACUUUCGAAGAAUAUAGUAGCGUGCCUCCACCGCCUCCCAUGAAAGGAACACAACUGCCCAACUCCUCCUCCCCGUACUCGAAGAGCUCGAACGAACCAGAGUCUCCCCGUCGCUACAUCGAGAGCGAUGUCAACAUCCACUACAAAACGCCCAUUCGGUACGAGUUUAAGGAAGCAAUCCCGGAUGAUGAGCUAGCCUACAGGCAGGCGGAACACAUGCGUCGUGUCUACCAGGAGGAACGCCGCCGCAAGUACAUGCACGAGCUGGAGGAUCUGCAGAGCCGCCGCCACACGGACAUCUUCGCCCCCUCGCAAAAAUCUCCGAUUCCGCUGAACCGCUACGAUGACUUCGACGCCGAUCUGUCGCCCAAACCAAUCAACGUGUUGCCCAGAACGAUCGCGCGUGCGUUGUAUAACUUUCAAGGACAGACAGCUAGAGAACUCUCCUUCAAGAAGGGCGACAUCAUCUACCUGCGACGACAGAUCGACAAAAAUUGGUACGAAGGUGAACACAAUGCCAUGGUUGGACUGUUGCCAGCGAAUUACAUAGAAAUCCUCCCACGGGACGGUGCCAAACCACUGCCGAAGAAGCCACAGCGAGAGGGCAAAGCCCGAGCGAAGUUCAACUUCACCGCGCAAACCUCGGUCGAAUUGUCGCUGUUGAAGGGAGAAUUGGUCACAUUAACUCGGCGCGUUGAUGAUAAUUGGUUCGAGGGACGGAUCGGUAACAAAAAGGGCAUUUUUCCCGUUUCCUAUGUCGAGGUUCUAACAGAUAUCGGCGGAGAGGAAAGCUACGAGAUAGAGCCCAUCGUCAAACCAAAACUUCAAACGAUUCAAUCGCACUCGCUAUCCACCGGCUAUGAUACCGCACUGAGCAAUGGACGGAUUUCUCCCGGUGUAGUUCGGGAAACGAAAACAGUUCAAAAAACAGAAGUACUGCACGUGGACACCUCAAACGAACCAAUAUCCUAUCGUGCCCUGUACAACUACAAGCCGCAAAACUCCGACGAAUUGGAGCUCCUCGAAGGGGAUCUGGUGUACGUGCUGGAAAAAUGCGACGACGGUUGGUAUGUUGGUACUUCGGCUCGAACCGGUUGUUUCGGAACGUUCCCGGGCAACUACGUGAAGAAGUUAUGAGAACAAUCCAAGCCAUUCGGGAAACUGUUGCCGCCUCCUGAUCCAGCUUUACAAUCGUCUUCAGCAUCACUGAAUCGCCAUCACCAUCAGCAAAAACAUCAAAAACAACCACAGCAACAACAACCAUCGCAGACAGGGACUCUGUCAAAAGCCACAACCAACAACGGAAAACGCAAGGUUGAAUUCCUUGGCGUUUUCUAGAGUGCCCGAGCGUUGCCUUAUGUAAUUGUACGAACUUACACUUGAACACACACAAACACACGAAACAACGGAGUAAAAGUACAACAGCGUACAGUUUCUUAUGUACCAAAAAUAAUUUAAAAAAACAGUGGCCUGCUGAUAUUUUGGAUUUAAAAACAGCCAUUUAAUUGCCAACCGCGGUGGAAGAACACCAUACCACGCAACGUACUUUGAAAAUAACUAAAUAAAUAAAUAACACGCUAAAUCUAGAAACCAAAAAAAAUUACACAAGCAGUUAAAAAUAAGCGAAAAUAAAAUGUAAUUGUUUGCUAGUCAUUAUCCUUCCAAAAAAGAGAGAGUGUAAAGCAGCGGAAUAGAAAAAGAUUAAAUGGGGGAAACAACCAUAACCACAUCUAACCUGUUCAAACAAAAUACUAUACUUUAAGCGUUGCGUUACUUGAAAAGUAUACAAUUAGUUUACCUAAACUAACCAACAAUCAAGCGUAGAAAAGAUAUUCAAACCGUACUUCGUAACUUCAUAGUACUCUCCGGAGCAGGCACCAAUUGCUAUCUCCAAGCGAACUUUAUUUACCGUUUCAGAAAGUUUAUUAUAUUUGUUUACUAUAAUUGCCUUUGUGUUACACUAAUUCAUAUUUCUAUUUACAAAUAACUGAAAUGAACCUGAUUCACCCUAUUCGCAAAAAAAAAAAACAAACGCAGCUUACAAACAUCACACGAAACUGUAGUGAUUUUGUUUUUAUCGGUGAUUCUAACCUGGCAACUCGGUUUAGCCUGCUAGGAUUUAUAAUUUUUUUAGUAGGGAAAAACUAGUGCUUUUAGGUCCGAACCUCAACCUGUACUUUCGGAAAAUGUGCCUUUUAUUGGACCUUUUGUUCGGAAAAUAAUAUUCUAACCUUUUAGGUUUUCAACUUCGUCUAUACAUAGUAGGAACAAAUGUCAUUCUGCCUUCAAUCACACACAUACAUUUGGACGAUUGUUAAUAACUUAUUAUGUAACCUAAUGACCUACCAGCAAUAGUGUACACGUAAAAUUUGAGACUAAUGUACUAAAACAAAUUCGUAACCGAAAAUUGUGUACCAGAAUCAUGCCAUGUGCCACGAUCAAUAAUCAAAAUCUUAUUCGAAACGGAGACUAUCUGUCUCUUUUAGUCUACUGAACCUAAUUUUAGCCAAUAUUUUGGAAACUCAAUCAUAAUUAAUCAUGCAAGGUGUUUUUUUUUUCAUAGUCUGCAACAUUAGCAGAAUUUAACCGCAUAGAAUCACUCGAACACUUUGAACACAUAAACUAUCAAACAAAACUCCCGGCACCUUAAGGCAUCAGGCAGUGAGCAGGAUAAUUGUGCGGAUUACACACACUUAGCAAGCAAACAAACACACACACGCAUACACACCAAAACUAGCACGACGUACUCAUCAUUUUUUGUCUAUUAUUGUUUGUUGUAGGAAAGUGAACACACUUACGAUAUGGUUCUGUUGAUAAAAUACAUUAAAUACCUAUAUGAAAAAAAAAA